AUGAAUCAAGUUCAGUUAGAGCGCGAAUAUCGGCGUUAUUACGCUUUUCUCAAGUCAAUAAUCUCAGCCAUGAGGCUGGAAUUCAUUCCUGUUCCCUGGUUUCCAGUGAGAAUUGCUCGAAUGAGUAUUUUUCCCGUGAUCAGUUCCCUGAACUUUGUGGCUUUGCUUUGGUUGCUGGUGAUUAGCUUCAAGGAAGGUGACAUGGUGACUUUCUCGUACGGCGCAAUCUGGAUUUCAGCCACUCUGCAGUCUGUUGUGAAGGCUCUCACGGCCAUUUACUACAAGGAUACGUACAUGGAGUGCUUCGAGGCGACGCAGACUUUAGUCAGGAGACGCUUUGAUGAAUCUGUGGAGGAGAAUGUGAAGAUAAUCUUGAAGAAUUCCAUCAAACUCACCAAAAUGAUCGUCUCAGCUCAAGGAUUUCUUUUUCACACCACAGCUUUCAUGCUUGCUUUCUACGCCAUCAGCACUCAGCGGAUUUACCCUCUGAUGUAUCACAUUCCCUUCCUCUCGCCAACUGUCAAUCACAUUUUCCAGUGGUUUGGCGUCCUUCUUGACCUCUACACUGUCCUCGGCGGUGAUUUCCUCUUCAUCACGAUGGCUCUGCACUUUCGUGGCGAAUUGGCCAUCAUCAGUGAGAUCCUCAGCCACCUGGCAAGCUCACAACUCCUGCGCACAGUUCAUCAGAUGCACAGAGACGCACUGCGGAAACUCCGGGCAUUCCAGAAGAUCUACUACUACCUCACCUUCCUCCAGAUGAUCUCCAGUUUCUUCCUCAUCUGCCUCACCACCUUCAUGAUCCGCUUUCACGACAUCCAAAUGUGGGCUUACGCUGUGCUCGUUUGCGCUCUCAUGCAGAUCUUCUUCCUCUGCCUGAUCGGAGACAUUCUGUUCGAAAGGGCGAGUCUCAUCAGCACAGCUCUGUAUUUGACCAAAUGGUACGAAAUGGAUCUUGUGGAUCAGCAGAGAAUCCUCAUCAUGAUCGCCAUGGCGCAGAAACCGUACGGAAUCAAAGCUGCAGGACUUGUGGACAUUUCGUUUUUCACAUUCAUCGAGAUCAUCAAACUUUCAGUGUCUUAUUGCGCCAUUCUCUUCACAUUAGUCUAA